UGUCAGUGUACGGCAUCAACCGCCGCAGCUUCCUCAGCUUGCUCCUGCGGCAGCGGUGGCGGCGGCGGCAGUAGCUGCUCUUCCAGAAGUCUCGGCUUCAGGGGACGUACUACGGCGGCCGGACGGUUGGAUUGUGGGAAAACUGUUAAGAUAAUUUCUGCAGGAUCAUCAGCAAGGUUUUCAUAGACAUUAAAUCCAAAGGAUACCAUGAUGACAGGCUUGAACGGGAAUAGCUCUGAAGCAGCAGCAUUCAGUCAAGUUGCAAUGGACCCUGCAUUUCAGAUGAUAACGGUUACCAAGGAAAUAGGCUUAGGCCUGAAUAUCGUGGGAGGAAUUAACCGGAAUGAAGGGCCCUUGGUAUAUAUUCAGGAAAUAAUUGCUGGAGGAGACUGCCAUAAGGAUGGAAGAUUAAAGCCAGGGGAUCAGCUUGUGUCCAUAAAUAAGGAGUCAAUGAUUGGUGUUUCAUUUGAAGAAGCAAAAAGCAUAAUUACUAGAGCAAAAUUAAGAUCAGAAUCUGCUUGGGAGAUAGGGUUCAUAAGGCAAAAACCUAGCUUGAGUCAACAAGAAACCACACAGCACUCAGUCCUCUUGCCAUCUUCAGGAGGAUGUGAGGCCCAGGUUUCUGCAACUUUUAAUAUUCUUUCUCAUCCUGAGAACUCUGAUCAAAAGAUGUCAUCCACUCCCACCCCUGUAGAUACCACCUUAAUGUCUUUUAAAAAAAAUCAGAUAAAAACCGGAUUCAAGAAAAGAGAGCCAUCUCCAAUUACUUCUCCAAACAACAGCCCCACGGAUGUGUCUAAUACAAAUAUUGGCCCCAAUUGGCCUGAUGAUUCUGGACCACAAGGAGAGAAUAUUUCCUUAAAUCCCUCAGUUCGCAUUAAGGUUGAAAAGCUGGAGAUGGCCCUAAAUUAUCUUGGUAUUCAACCCACAGAAGAGGAGCACAAAGCCCUGAGGCAACAAGUACAAAUAGACUCCAUGGGAACUGUGUCUUUUGGAGAUUUUGUCCAGGUUUCCAAAGACCUAUUCCGCUUACAGCUGAAUGAAGCAGGCAUUGGGCAAAAAUCAGCAAUGCUUGGUGCACAUGAAAUUUCCCAUUUAUUAGAUUCACAGCUUCUUGCUUGUGGUUCUUCAGAAGAAGAUGAAGUAGAAAGGCUUAAACAUGAAAGAGAUGAUGCUUUGAGAGAAGUCAGCAAACUCAAGGACUCAGCUGAUCCUAACACCUACUUGGCCAAGGACAAGCUGUUGGAAUCAGAAAAUCAAAGGAAACAAUUAGCUGAAGAACUCCAGAAUGUGAAACAAGAAUCUAAAGCUGUAAUAGAAGAAACAAGAGCUCUGAGAAGCAGGCUUCAUCUCGCCGAAGCAGCCCAGAGACAGGCCCAUGGAAUGGAAAUGGACUAUGAAGAAGUAAUUCACCUAUUAGAGGCUGAAAUUAUGGAGCUAAAGGCUCAGCUUGCUGAUCACUCUGACCAAAGCAAAGAAAGUUUUCAAGAUUUAAGAAAGAGAAUCACAGUAUUGGACUGUCAAUUGCGGAAAUCAGAAACGGCUCGGAAAACCUUUGAACUUACAACUGAGAAGUUGUUGAACUUUGUUGAGACAAUCCAAGAAGUGCUUUCUGAUCACUCUUCUUCCUUGACAAAUUUAAGUGACCGAAGAUCCAUGUUAGGUUCCCAAACCCUGUUCCCACAACUCGGAAGGAAUGGACGCAAUGUCACAGCAACCUUGGUCCAGGAAUCCAGGGAGCUUGCUAAAUCUGUUCGUGCACUUAUGGAUGUGGACUGUCUACCUUAUGGAUGGGAGGAAGCUUACACAGCAGAUGGAAUCAAAUACUUUAUCAAUCAUGUAACACAGACCACAUCGUGGAUCCACCCUGUGACAAGUGCGCUGAACUUGUCCUGCUCAGAAGAGAAUGAAGAAGAUUGCCCCAGAGACCCUCCCAACCAAAAGAGUUGAUAGUUUCUGAUAGACAAUAGCAUCAUUUUCAGAAUAGCUUAAACUAGUGAAACUGGCAUCCAGCAUGCAGUGGGGACAAACCGUAUGUCAUUUGUAGAAGUUGUGAAAUAGAGGCAAUGAAUUUGUCCUUUUUGUUUAAACCAAACAUCCUAUUUAAGUGUACGCACAUUCCCUGUUCAGUUCAUUUCAACACUUACCCCUAGGAUAAUCCACUGGUGAUAUGCUAAUAGUUUUUUAAAAACAAUAAUCUUUUCAGGUUUUUCUAAAUGGCAAGGAAUUGUUUCUUUGCAAGAUUAUAUGAGCUAUUCUUCCUUUGGAAAUAGCUGUGAUAGCUUUGAAAAUGAUUUGUAUUUAAAUUGCCUUUUGAAAAAUUAUAUGAAUGUUUUUACAUUUUCAUUUAAACACUAUUUGAUAAUACCUUAUUUCAUUAUAUUUAUGUCUCAUCAUAAUUUGAAGUCCAAGUUGCUAUGGGUGUCUGCCAGUAUGAGGAAGCAUCGACAGUGCCCAUCUGAAAACACUCAGGAAUUCAUAAAACAACAUUCCAUAAAUGAAUGCUAAUUUCAUAACUAUACCCACAGUGGCCUCAGAGAGUAGAGGGCAUCCGUGAGUCACCCAUGCUCUCUAUAUAAUGACAUUACUUUCUUGAGGCAUAUUUUUCAUUUAUUCAUUCAACAAAUAUCCAUCAGGUGUCUACCACGUUCAUACCUUUUCCUUCUACUUCCCCUUUCUUCUGUUUCUUCACCAGGCAGGGGGAGAUUUCAUGAAAUUUCCUCCAUUAUCUGAGAAUUUUCUCUAGUAGAGCACAAGACUUCCCACUGAAACUGAAUAUUCAUCCAGGAAAGUCCCUAAUGUCGAAGCGGUGUUUCUUGGGACUGGGGGUAGGGAGUGAAUAGAAGGAGAAUUUGCCAGCCAGACUCUUUAUACCUCUUGUGACUCUUGGGGUUCCUCUGUUCACUCAUGCCUGCACCCAUUUACUCAAUAAAGCUGCCUUAAGUAUUAAAUGAGAGGCGGCAUGAAAUUUGUUGGAUAGAAAGUGGCCUCCUGAUCUGGAAGACCUGGGCUCAGGUCCUACCUGUGACUCUACUGACUGUGUGACCCCCUAACAUUUCAGUGCCCCCAGACAACUCUAAGUCUAGAGGCUGCCGAGAAGUUGCCCUUUGCAUUAGAAGAGCAAGUUCCUCACGAGGAGCUUGCUCUAUUGGUGAAAUCACAUUUGUUCCAGUUUUGUUUUGCUUUUUAAGUGCCUAAUACUUAUAACCAUUCAUUAGACUUGAUUUUAUUAUAACAGUGGUUCCUAAAGUAACCCUAACAGUAAUGGGCCACUGGAUCAGCUAGGGAGCACAUUGCCAAACCUAGAGCCAGGAGGAUCUGGGUUCAAAUUUGACCUUACACACUACCUGUGUGACUCCAGGCAAAUCACUUCAUCUGGAUUGCCCAGCCCUUGUUGCUCUUCUGUCUUGGAAUUGAUACAAGAUAGAAAGUGAAGGACUACUGAAUCUCAAGCUCCAAAUCAUUCCUUCCUAACACGCUGGAAUAAAAGGGGAAAACAUUAUACAUACCCGCAGAACGCCAGAUGAAAAAGAGAGGCAGUGAAUAUUUAGAUGCUUAACCCGCUUUGUUCUAAAACCAGUUUCACAGUGAUAUAGGAGCCUUAAUCUGUGAGGCCUUAACAGGCAUCCGGGCAUGCAGUGCAAAAAAUCCUGGUUUCUAGCCUGCCUUCCAUCAAGCCAGAAAUCUCUACUAAAUUUGCAUCAUAGUAAAAUGACAAUUGGCGAUCAUAAUUAAAGCUCUGCGAUGCUGCAAGAUUCCAACUGUAGUCCCCAUCAGGUCAGGCGAACAAGCAUCUGUGAGCACCUACUGUGUGCCAGACACAAAGUACAGAAAAAAGCAAAGAUAAAUACGCCAGAAAAUAGACCCUGCUCUCAAGGAAUGUACAACCUAAAGAGGGAGACAACAUGCAAACAACUAUGUAUAUGUAAUUCAGUUCAAUAAAUAUUUUAUCAGAUGUCUACUAUAUGGCAACCUGUGAGCCAUGAAACUUUUUUUUAAUACUUUGAUUACUGUAUUUCAAUAUAAUUGAUUUUCUCUAUGA